AUGGCCACUGAUCCCGCCGACCCUCCAGCCCUCCGCUUCCUCGACACUCUCCUCCCCUGCACCUUUCUCCUCUCCACGUUGGGAUCGCUCAUCACCUUCACCACCGCGGUGGGCAUCUUUGGGGGACCGCGGCGGUACUUCAGCGAGAUCCAGGUCUUCAUCGCCCUCGCGUGGUUGUUUUUCAUGUUGUCCCUGGCCAUGGCCACGGUGACCAGCAUGGCGCUGACUUUCCACCGACGGCACGUGCGAGAUGCGUUUGAACGAGGGUACAAGUCCUGGCGUGGCGGGGCGGGGAAUCGCACGGCGGGUGAAAGGUCGGUGGUCUUUGGCAUUGUGGUGCUGGGCCUGGGAGGCAUGUGGCUGAUGUUGCUUGAGUGUCUGGCCUUUGUAUUUUUGAGUCUGUCGAUCGCAGCAUACAGCCUGGCCGUGGGAUGGAUCGGCUUCGUCGUGUCGGCCGGCAUGAUGAUUCUUACCGUGGUAUUCUGGGUUCUGAUGGGACAGAGAGAUUGA